UCAGGCUGGGGAGCGGAAGUAGGAGUGGAGGGCGUGUUUGGCGGGGGACGCACCUUCGCUGCAGCGUUCCCGGUUUCGAUAGUUUCUCUGCGAUGCUUCCGAGGGUCUCUUCUGUCAUCCCUCUUCGCUCCCUUUCCCGCCUCCCUCUGUGCUCCGGAGGCCCAGAGGCAUCGGCGGCUGCCAUCCUGCUGCUCGAUUCUCUGCGUGGAACGGUCAGGACAGAAAAUAAUAUCCAAAGAUAUUUUGGCACUAACAACUUGGUCUAUAGCAAGAAAGAUGAGCAGUCUGGUCCAACCUGUGAGAUUUCCAAGGAGACAGAGAGCAAAGGCAGUGUAAAGGAGAAUUCGAAAAAAGACUUGCUAAAUAUUAUUAAGGGCAUGAAAGUUGAAUUAAGCACAGUAAAUGUACAAACUACAAAGCCAUCCAACAAAAGACAACUUAAAAAUUUGGAGGCUGCAAUUGGCAGAAUUAAAAAAGUGCCAGAAGAUGCUCCGCAAAAGAGGAGUGAGUCUCUGAGCUCUGAGUUGGUGGCAGCUGUGUCUGCUGUUGCAGACUCUCUCCCUUUUGACAGACAGAUGACCAAGUCAGAGCUGCUCAAGCAGCUCCAGAAGCAUGAGGAAGACUCAAGGGCUCAGAAGGAUGGAGAGAAGCCUAAAAUUAGUUUCAGUAACAUCAUAUCAGAUAUGAAAGUUGCCAGAUCUGCCACAGCUAGAGGUAGUACAAGACCAGUGCAUCAGAUUCAGUUUGAUGAAGGAACCCAUGAUUUUGCUGACCAAGAGAAGACUCUCGAUCUUAAAAAAAGUUUUAGGAAAAAUAUAUUCAAGGGAAGGAGACUUAAUAUUUUUGAGCCUCAGGCAGUUACUGAAGAGGCACCUGAAACAGAGGCAGUGCCUUCUCUUUGGGAUGUAGAAUUUGCUAAGCAGUUAGCAGCAGUCACUGAACGGCCCUUUCAGAAUGGUUUUGAAGAGAUGAUUCAGUGGACAAAAGAGGGGAAGUUGUGGGAGUUCCCAAUUAACAACGAGGCAGGUUUUGAUGAUGAUGGUUCAGAAUUUCAUGAACAUAUAUUUCUGGAUAAAUACCUGCAGGAUUUUCCAAAACAGGGGCCAAUUCGCCACUUCAUGGAGCUGGUGACCUGUGGCCUUUCCAAAAACCCAUAUCUGAGUGUUAAACAGAAAGUUGAACACAUAGAGUGGUUUAGAAAUUAUUUUAAUGAAAAACGAGUCAUUUUGAAAGAAAGUGGCAUACAGCUCAAUUGAAGACCAUGGAAAUUUUUACUACAGGCUAUUGGAGAUUCAUAUUAUUAUAACUAAAUAAAAUAAUUUUACUACAA